AUGCUCGAGGGCGUGGUAGCCGGCGUGCUCAACAGGACGCUGAGCGCCUACGUCGACAAUCUCGACACGAGCCAGCUCAACCUCGGGAUAUGGUCUGGCGAUGUCAAGCUGCGCAACUUGCGGCUCAAGAAGGAAGCGCUCGACAAGUUCAGACUGCCUAUCAAUGUCACCGAAGGCUACUUGGGCGAGCUGACGCUCAACAUCCCUUGGACGAAUCUCAAGGGAAAGCCAGUGAGGGUCGUGAUUGACAAUGUCUACUUGCUCGCAGAGCCUGCCGGUGAGACCAACUUUGACUUGGAAGAGGAUGAGAGGAGAGCGCAGCAGGUCAAGAUGGAGAAGCUGGAGAACGCUGAGCUACUGACGACUCAGCCGAGCGCGGGCAUGUCGGCUGAAGAGGAACAGAAGAACCAGUCGUUCGUGUCCAGCUUGGUCGCCAGAAUCCUCGACAACUUACAGAUCACCGUCAAGAACAUUCAUGUGCGGUACGAGGACAGGCUAUCUGUGCCUGGCCAUCCCUUCUCUGUCGGCUUGACCCUCGCUGGUUUCUCAGCCGUCUCUACAGAUGAGCACUGGCAGCCCACGUUCUUGCACAACUCGGACAAGGGCAUUCAUAAGCUCGCCAAGCUAGACUCUCUCGCCAUCUACUUUGACACAGACUCGACCUCUCUCGGAGGUCAAUCUCAAGCCGACGCGAUGAAGACUUUCGUUAGUCUGAUCGCGACUGAGACGAGCACAUCUUCGCAUCAAUUCAUCCUCAAACCCGUCUCCGGCGCAGGCAGACUCAUCAUGAACAAGCACAUGGACGGUCAGACGCCCAAAAUCGAUGCUGAGCUAUUCUUCAAUGAGCUCGGUUUCGUGCUCGAUGGCGAUCAGUACCGCGAUGCUCUCUCGAUGGUCGACUUGUUCCACUUCUAUACGCGACAGCACCAGUAUCGCAAGUUCAGACCGCCCGAGAUCGAGUUCGAGAAGAGCAAAUCGCGCGCUCUGCUCCGCUUUGCAGGCAGCGCCAUCCUAAAUGAGGUACACGAGAAGAACAGAGUGUGGUCGUGGUCAUACUUUGCCGAGCGGAGAGACGAUCGCAAGGAAUACAUCCAGCUCUUCAAGCUCGUUGCAAAAGAUGCCAACGAUGUCACUGCUAAAGCCAGGAUAGGCGAGCUCGAGCGAAAGCUUGGCUACAAAGACAUCCGGUUCUAUCGCUCUAUCGCUCGCUCAGAGAUGCGCAAAGAACAAGCCACAGCGCGCAAAACGGCAGAGCAAGAACGGCUGCAAGCUGGUCCAGUCAAUCGAGGCUGGGUGGGCUGGAUCUGGGGCGGCGGCAAAUCGAAUGGAAGUGAUGACCAGCCACAAGAUCUGUUGAACACGCAACAACGAAAAGAACUCUACGCUGCGAUAGACUGGGACGAGAAGGACGCUGUGGCUGCUUCUGUCGAUUUACCUCGCGAUACCCUACAGCUGAGAUUGAAAGCCAAACUCGACACAGGUUCGUUCGCACUCAGAGAAGACCCGCAUGGGAAGAACACGGACAUCAUCUCGAUGGUCUUCGAUGCUUUUUCAGCGGACGUCUUGCAAAGGCCAGACAGUCUAGAAGCCAUUCUUGCUUUGGGCGGAAUGCGAGUCUACGAUGGCACCCAGCCGAACACCCUUCAUCCUCAGAUCGUGCGCGUCAAGCAAGAGAAGACGGCCAUUGCGCAUCGUAGCAAUAGUCAGGACAAGCUUGGAACUGCUCUUGCGUCUGUUAAGCAGGAGUCCGAUCCAGACAAUCCGUUCUUCUAUGUCAAGUUUGAGAAGAACCCGCUUGAUGAACGAGCCGACAUGGGCUUGACUGUUCGAAUGCGGUACAUGGAGAUCAUCUAUCAUCGAGGCUACGUCGAGCGCAUCGUUGCCUUCUUCAAGCCCCCCGCGUCUCAACUUGAAUCUGUUAGCGCUCUUGUUGAUGUGGCAAGCGAAACGCUAGAUGGCAUCCGCAAAGAAUCGCGAGCGGGACUCGAAUACGCUCUCCAAACUCAUUCUACAGUCGAUAUACGUCUCGAUAUGAACGCGCCCAUUAUUGUCGUGCCCGAGGAUGUAACGAAGGAGAUCUGUCAGCACAUCGUACUCGAUGCUGGUCACAUCUCUAUCGAAAGCGGUCUGGCGGACAAAUCUGCCAUCGAAGACAUCAGAUCCAAGCAGAAAGAGGUCUAUACGGAUGAUGACUUCCACAAGCUCGAAUCACUCAUGUACGACAAAUUCUUUAUCAAGCUCGAUUCUGCUCAGCUCUUGAUGGGCGAUACCCUGGAGGCCUGUCUUGGUGCCCUCGAAGGCCAUGCUGGUCCGGAGCUGCAUGUGCUUGAGCGCAUCAACCUCUCAUUCACAGCGGAGAACUCUAUACUGUCCAAAGCGCCCAACUUGACCCGCUUCAAGGUAUCAGGCCAUUUGCCAGAUCUCACUGUCAAUUUCAGCGACAGGAAAUACAAGAUCCUGAUGCGCAUGAUCGACGUCGCAGUGCCCAAGUUCGGCGAAGACGAGCCAGAGCCAGAACAUGUCAAACCUAAUAUUGGCCCCCGUAAGCCGACGCAAACCUUUAUAUCUGCGCCAAUGUACUUCUCCAACAAGGAGGUCGAUCAUGAGCUGCAUCUCGAUGGCGAGCACCACGAGCAAGAAGAAGAGCAGAAGGAGGAUGCCGGCAAGGACGAUGUCUUUUACGAUACGCAGGACACUGGCGAAGGCGGCGCAUCGUACAAGCAGAAGACAUUCGAGCUCAGCUUUGUCGUCGAUAAGCUUCAAGCGGCUAUCUACAAGUCAGAUCCGAAGCAAGUGGAGAGUGACAAGCUACUCGUCAAGACUGUCCUCGAAGGCUUUGACCUGAUGUUCUCUUUGCGGCCGUACGACAUGGAGGUCGACAUCACCUUGCGCGCUCUACACGUAGACGAUGCGAUGGUCGAGGAGGGCACCGUAUUUCAGCAUCUCAUUACUUCCGAGCGACCGGGGCAAAAUGGACAAUCGGCCAGCGAAGACUUGGUUCACAUCAAGUACAGCCAGGUUCAGCCCGAUUCACCCGAGUUCAUGACAGUGCACGAAGCCUUCAACAAGAGUGUAGAGAUCCAAUUUGCGACUAUCAACGUUAUUGUGACCCGAGCGAGCAUCCUGCUUCUAUUCGACUUUGUGAUGUCUACUUUUGCCUCCGGCGACGAGUCGGCUUCAGAUCCGGACACGCCAUCCACGGAGGAAGCCACGCUCGUGCAAGUUGGCGAACCUAUCGUCGAGAAACUUCGUGUCAAAGUCAAGCUGACCUCGGUCGUUCUCAUCCUCAAUGAUGACGGUGUCCGUCUGGCUACCCUGUCGCUUUCAGCAGCAGAUGUCAUGGUACUCUUACGUGGAGCUACAAUACGCGUUGCUGCCAGGCUCGGCAGUCUUGACUUUGUCGACGAUCUUGAGCAUGCUGGCGUGCCACUUAACUCACCGGCGCGCAAGAUGCUCACUAUCGAUGGCGAGGAAUUGGCCGACUUGCAAUACGAGACACUCGAUCCUGCUGACGAUGAGCGACCAUACGACACGCUCAUCCGGCUGAAGACAGGUUCACUUCGCUUCACAUUUCUCGAAGUUCCCGUCCAUCGCGUGCUACGCUUCCUGACCAAGUUUGCGCGAAUGAAGUCGCUGUAUGACCGCGCGACACAAGCUGCCGCGCAACAGGCGGCGACUGAGCUCGAAAGCAGGCUGCAUUAUGACAUUAGUAUUGCGUCGCCGAUCAUUGUCUUUCCUCGGAGCUCACACUCGAAGGAUCGGAUCAUCGCACAGCUUGGUACAAUCGAAGCUACCAACGAAUUCUCCACUUCCACGGACGGCAAGCUCAUCACUAAGAUCAGAGCCGCGCUGAAGUCGGUUGCCCUGACAUCCGAGAUCCAGCACGAUGGCCAGCUGAACACAUUGCCAAUUCUCGAGAAGCUCGAUCUGAGCGUCAGCAUUCAGCAAGCCUCGGGGAUCGACCAUACGCAACAAACAAUCGAACCGGAUACUCGCAUUAACGCACGGAUGUCGGACGUCAAGAUUGGCCUCACACAGGCGCAAUAUGGAUUUGCAAUGAGCUUGUCACAGUCAAUACCACGCGCGCUGGCUUCUACACAGGAAGAGCUGGACGAGGAUGCGGAAGAAGAGGCAGCGCAUCCCAUGCCUGCACCUCCGAUCACGAAUGGCGAAACUUCGCCCGAUGAGAACAAGGAAACGGUGGAUCUACUGCCAGAGUUAUCCUCAAUUGCGCAUGGACAAAACGGCGAGAUCGUGCGCUUAUGGAUUUCGCUUGAGCUCUCCUUUGCUGUCCAAUCCGUCGGUCUCGAGCUUUACACUGCAGCUGCUAUCGAUCCGGCAACUCUUGACAGCGCCAGUCUGGCGCGCUUCGCCCUGACAGGCACUAAGCUGAGCUUCAAAUCGCUGAACAAUGGAUCGAGCGAAGCCGAGCUAAGCCUGAGCAAGUUCACGCUGCACGACACGCGGACCGCGGUUCAGACAAAGUGGCGAGAGAUCAUCCCGGCCAGCAAGCAUGAAAGCGCGCAAUUUAUGGUUGCAUACUCUGCGGCUGGUGGCAAGGACCCUAUUGCGAUAGCGAACAUCACCAUCGACAGUCCAACUUUGGUCUUCUCGGUGGAUCCCCUCUUUGCGCUGCUGAAUUAUUUCACUUCGGCAUUUGAUUCUGCCGCGCCCGCGGUAAAGUCUGCAGAGACCAAAGCCGAUGAGGCAGAAGAAGAAAACGAAGAAAUCCAGCCUGCACAGUCCGUGUCUGCACUAUCGUAUCGCGUCAACCUGGUCCAGCCGAAGAUCAUGCUGCUUGCUGAUCCGAAUCGACACGAUUCAGAGGCUGUAGUCUUGACUAUCGACCGACUGCAAAUGGCUCAGCAGGGCACCUUGGUAUUAACCAUCGACCAGCUAGGCAUGUUCUUGUGCAAGAUGGACGCGCAGUCAAAUACUCUGCGAUUUCUGGACAGCUUCGAUCUUAGUCUGUCCCUCGAUACAAGAGAAGAUGCCGGUCGGCAGCUAACCAACAUCGAGAUGCGCGUUCAACCGCUUACCUUUAGGCUGUCUUUCCGCGAUGUCAAGAUCAUCAUGCUCAUCGUCAAUCGGGCGAUCGAGCUAUCCGGCGAAGCAUCACCGGCCCCGGCAGACGCUGUCGAGAUGCCUGCGAAAGAUCGCAGCACCGAACGGCGCGCUUCCGUCACGGAGGCACGACCUGGGCUGCCUAAGCGGGCUACCAGCGAAAGGGCGGUCAAAGCCGGUCUGGUCAUGUCCAAAGAAACAUUGCGUGCAACUUGCGAAGGAUUCCAGCUAGUGCUCAUCGGUGACAUGCACGAGCUGCCUAUGCUCGAUGUUAAGGCAGGUAAAUUCUCGGCCAAAGCAAGUGACUGGUCGGCAGAUCUCAAAGCGUCCUUGACGAUUGACACCUUUAUCAACUACUAUAAUCUGCGCAAUUCUCAUUGGGAGCCUCUGCUCGAUCCCUGGGAGUUCACAAUCAGCGUGUCACGUUCGCAGGCGCAAGAGAGCACGGCUCUUGCGCUGACGUCAAAGAAGCGAGCAGAAGUAAACAUCACCGCGACUUUCAUUGAGCUUGGCUUGACCACAAUGGCUAUUCUGGAGCAACAAGGAGAAUCGGUGAUGCGCAUGAAGCGAGGUCAAAACGCGCCAUUCGAAAUCCGUAAUCGCACCGGCUAUCCUAUCAUGCUUGCUGCGGAGUCUGACCACAAACAGCGCCGCAAGCCUGCACAACGUCUGGAAGAUGGGGCAAGUAUGCCCUGGCGAUUCGACGAUUGGCGCGUUAUGCGCGAGAACGUGAAUUCGUCGAGUCACAACUCGCUUUCUGUACAGAUCGAAGGCACAGCCUGGGAACGUUUACGACAUAUAAAUGUAGAUCGAGAAGGUGAGCAGAUUCACGCACUGCGACCAAAGGUCGAUAAUACCACGCAUCGCGUCAUGUGCGACAUCAAGCUACAAGACAAUGUCAAGAUCGUUACCUUCCGUUCCGCCUUCCGGAUCCAGAACAUGACACUGGUUCCUGUCGAGAUGGUGAUCGUUGAUAGCACGGGGAAGAAGGCCUCUUCGGUGUACAAAAUCCCUCCAGGCGAGUAUUGUCCAGUGCCUAUUGAAGCAGCCUACAAUCAGAAGCUCCGCAUUAGACCGGAUCCUGGCUUUGGCUAUCUUUGGUCGAGCGAAUCAUUUGACUGGCAAGAUUUAGUCAAGCGACCUUCCCGUGCUAUCGUGUGCAAGUCACAAGAAAAGGAAGCGUCCUUCCGGUUCCAAUGCUUCACGGAAUAUGACAGAAACGACCCGUUGAUUCGUGUCUAUCCGCGUCUUACUCUCAAAUUGCGCGCACCGAUCGAGAUUGAGAAUCUCCUGCCGUACGACAUUCGCUAUCGUGUGUACGACAAAGCGCGCGAGCAUAAUUGGACGAGCUUCUUGCGCAAGGGCGGCGUCAGUCCGAUGCAUAUCGCCGAGCUGUCGCAUCUGCUAUUGCUCAGCGUUGAGCUCCAGGACACUGACUUCAAGCGUAGCGAGUUUGCCAUCAUAAAUACAGACAAUCCAGAUGAUCUGCCAAUUGAAGAGGUGCUGCAACUUGAAGACUCCGCAGGCCUCAAGCUCAAUCUACGCGUCAAUUACGAACGUCAUCCGGAUUCUGGAGGCGCCUUUAAGGUACAGGUCUACAGCCCUUACAUCUUUAUCAACAACACCGGCUCUGACUUCACGAUCGCUACCAAGUCGCUUAUGGGUACUGCUAAGGGCGUCGUUGGCAACGGAGAAGGCUCUCCCGGUACUUCGGGCACAGUAGAGAAACCUUUGCUCUUUUCUUACGCUACCGUCGACCGUCGGAACCGUGCCCUGUUGCGCUUCGGGCAUUCAGCAUGGUCCAAGCCUCUCUCUUUCGAGGCAAUCGGCACAGAAAGCGAAGUCUCUGUCCCGUCUCAUGACGGCAAGGAGGAAAUGCGCAUCGGUCUUAAGGUCACGGAGGGCACAGGCAGCUACAAGCUCACCAAGGUCGUCAUCGUCUAUCCUCGCUUCAUUCUGAAGAACAAUUAUCGUCGAUCCAUACGCGUCCGCGAAGCCGGCUCAACGAAUUCAAUCCUUGUCCAACCGGAUGUGAUGUGCCCCUUGAAGUGGUGGCGAACCAAUCAAGAACCGCUGCUGUCCGUCGCAUACGACGAGACGUCGAGCGCAUGGCAAGUCUCGUGCUCUCCCUUCAAAGUCAAGGACAUUGGUCGAGUGCAUUCACGUAUGAAAACACAAAGCGGUCAGGAGAGUCUCCUGCGCGCAGAGAUUCUGCUCGAAGGAUCCAAGAUCUUUAUACGUGUGGCUGAAGAGAAGGACAAGUGGCCUUUUGUAGUGCGCAACAGCUCAAAAUAUCCUUUCUCCGUUUCGCAAUCGCAAGAAGACUUCCGUGAUCGUCAAGAAGCUCGCAAACUACCACCAGCCAAAUCUUAUCGAGUCGAGCCCGGUCAGACUUUGCAGUAUGCAUGGGACGUGCCGUCGGCUUCUGAUAAGCUUCUACGACUCGAGAUCAGCGGCAAGGACCGACUGCUCAAUAUCAUGGAGAUCGGUGCAUUACUUCCGUUCCGCUUCCCGAUAUCGAAUCGAUCGCAUGCUGUAGUUUCGCUCGAUGUCAAAGCUGAAGGCCCAACGCAAGCGCUCAUCAUCAGUGACUACGCAGAGCAGGACAGCGUGUACACGCAGCAAGUUCGACCUGGUUCACUGUCACGACAGAAUUCGACCACGAGCGUGAAUCAAGUCGACUUCGAAGCUCGCGACGUGCAAGUUAGAACGACACUCACUGUCAAGAUCCAGAUGGAAGGCUUAGGCAUCUCACUGGUCAAUCGCAGCAUGUCAGAGCUGCUCUAUGCCUCCUUCCGUGGUUUUGAGCUCAAUUAUAGCGACUCAAGCACGAAUCAGGCAGUCAAUUUGUCGGUCAAAUGGAUACAGAUAGACAAUCAGCUCUUCGGCGGCGUCUUCCCCAUCCUGCUCUAUCCGGCGGUCAUACCCAAGGAUGGUCGAGAGCUGGAAUUGCGGCCCAGCUUUCAGGCCUCUGUCAUCCUUCUCAAGGACUCCGAGCACGGUGUCACAUACUUCAAAUACGCCUCGCUGCUGCUGCAAGAGAUGUCAAUCGAAGUGGAUGAAGACUUCCUGUUUGCUUUGCUUGACUUUUCGAAGCUCGAAGGCGCGUCUUGGCAGAAGGAUCCUCCUUCAAUCUUGACAGACGAGUCUGGCACAUUGGCCGAGCCCGCAGAGGUCGCGGGUGCUGGCGACGUCUACUUUGAGUCGCUUCAUCUUCAACCGAUGCAACUCGACAUCAGCUUCAUGCGGACAGAGACAGUCAACAGCGAGCAGAAGGUCUUUGCCAGCAAUCGCAAUCCCGUCACUUUCUUCUUGAAUGCGCUAACGAUGGCACUUGGGAAUGUCAACGAUGCCCCAAUCCGUCUCAACGCGCUUAUGAUCGAGAAUGUCCGAAUAUCAUAUCCUGAGCUGGCCAACAGAGUUGUCUUGCACUAUUCGCAAGACUUCUUCGGUCAGCUGUACCGCGUGCUCGGUUCUGCAGACUUUUUGGGCAAUCCUAUCGGACUCUUCAACAACGUCAGCUCCGGCGUCAAAGACAUCUUCUAUCAGCCCUACGAAGGUCUGGUCAUGCACGGCAACCGCGAUAUUGGUCUCGGAAUCGCGCGCGGAGCUGGCAGUUUCGUCAAGAAGACUGUCUUUGGCGUGACAGACAGCAUGGCCAAGGUGACAGGCAGUAUUGGCAAAGGCCUGUCUGCUGCCACGCUUGACAAGGAGUGGCAAUCUAAGCGUCGCAUGCGCCAAUUCAGAAACAAGCCCAAGCAUGCUCUCUAUGGAUUCACGGCGGCAGGCAACUCGUUCUUCACGAGUGUCGCAAGCGGUAUAGAAGGACUCGCUAUGAAGCCUAUCGAAGGAGCGGACGCAGGCGGCGCCGCGGGCUUUUUCAAGGGUGUAGGCAAGGGCCUAGUGGGCGCAGUGACCAAGCCCGUCGUGGGCGUCUUCGACGCGGCCAACAACUUCACCGAAGGCAUUCGCAAUACGACUACAGUUUUUGACGAUUCUGCGAUUGACAGAGUGCGCUUGCCUCGAUAUGUUGCGAGCGAUGACGUUCUACGGCCGUUCCAAGAACGUGAAGCGCUUGGACAAAGCUGGCUCAAGUCGCUCGACAAUGGAGCAUACUUUUCCGAACGAUAUGUCGCCCAUGUCGACAUUCCCAAUGACGGCGACGACCUGCUCGUCGUCUUGACCGAAACUCAGAUACUGCUUGUCCGUGCGCUGAAGCUCAAAGUCGGAUGGGCAGUCCCUCUCAGCGAUUUGCAAACGAUUAGUCUCGAGCCAAAAGGUAUCGCACUGACUCUGCGGAGAGGAGCAACGGGUCCUUUCCUCAAUCUGCCAGAUCAGAGCGCUCGACUAUGGUUCUUCAAGCAUAUCGAAAGAGUCGUUCGAAAUUACAACUCCCAGCGGAAGACAUACACCGAAUGA